GUCUCUGGUGGCUAUUCUCUUUCCGUGGCUAUAGUGGCUAGAGUCGUUGGACUUGUCUCAACUUGACACUUGGAACAGUGGAAUGAUUGUUGACGCAUUUAGCUCCCAGAAACGUCACCCCCAUCCCUCCCCAUAUUUUGGACGGGGCCAAAGACUCGACCCAACCCGCAUAACACCCAAAACCCCAACCUUAGGAUGCGCAUCCCUGACCAUCAUGGCGACUUGGUACCCUGCAGCGGUGGUUUGGUUGGAGCUUCAUCACUUGCCGCCUUUAUUAUCUGAUUUCUGCUCCUCUGAUUUUGCUUUAUUCGUGUCUCCAAAAUUUCACUCUCUAUUGCUUUGGUUUCACAUAGCUUACAAUAUUCAUUUUCUUUUCCUUUUCGCGUUCUCUAUUAGUUUCAGCGAUUGGCUCAGAAUACGAUCACAUGUUUCAGAGCUGGUUCCCAAGAGAGCGCCCUUUCCUGACCUGAUUUACCUUAGAUUCGAGGUCUCCACAAUGCUGCUCCAUGGCCACUACUUUCAGAAAUGCGAUCUCCAUCAUUUCCAGCCUUUGACCACUUCACCUUGUCCAUUGCCAUGCCCAUUUGUCGUUCGCCAUUGCCCAUCCUUGUUCGAGACACUUCUUUCCUUCACCGCGUUGGCCAGUGUACAAGGCACAACACAGAUUCCUCUUUAAAGAGAAGAGAUUUGAUCCUCAGCAAGUCGUAGCCAUUGCAAGGAAGACGGAGGACGAUUUCGUGGUGAGUACGGUGAUUAAAGGUUGAAGAUGAAAAACUGAAAAACAUAUGCAAUAGA